ACGAUGAAAAGAAUGAUAUAAAUCGUCACUAUAGUCGAAUGUCCAUUGUAUGGUAGUUGUCAUUGAAUUUUAGUGUUGAAAACGUUGGGCUCAUUGAAUUAUCUUGAUAAAAACCACACUGAUAAGGUUUAUCUCUCUGCAUAAAUCGUGGAAUUUUCUAUGCCACUCCAUAUGAAAAUGUAGUGUUUGAGGGGCAGGGCAGUCACGCUUCGAUUUGAACAAAUAAAUUGCAUUCACUGUAUGCGGACAGCACAUUAUUGUGCGCUGAAACCAUGUUCACAGCUCAAUAAAACGUUGACCAAUAUGGAGAAAUUUUUGCUGUUGCUUGUUUGUUUAGUCAGUGGCCUAGGCAUUUGUUUCGUACAUACGGAAACGAUAGAUACAUGGGGUGAAUUGUAUAAUGUUCGUGCUGUCGAUCAUCGAACGGCGAUAGCCCGCGGUUUCUGGUUCCGUAUUCAAAAUCGAACCCUUGCAUUUCCAUCGGCUGGCGAAUAUGAUUCGGUCAUUGGGGCAAUUCAGCAUAUCAGCUAUCAUAAAAACCCAGUUCAAACGAAAAUUGUGAGCGGUGGUGUUGGCAGCAAGCAUUUGGUGUUUAUCAUUCUAUCACAACGUUCAUACGGCAUCGAUUCAACGGUGACAGUUUUUACAAAACUCGACGAAUAAUCAUACGUCGUCAAUAGACACACAAAAAAAAAUUGCCAAUAAACUAAAAAUAGACACCGAAAAACCCAUUGACUUUGUCCAUAUGUUCGUUUUCAAAGAGAUUUCAUUUUCCAGAUAAUUGGUGUAUAUGUUGAAGUUUUGCUCGUGUAGGCUUGUUCACUUGUUUGUUUGUUUGCCUACUUGCUUCCUUGAUUGGUUACUCUGUCUCUUUGUCACGCAGUAUGGAAUUAGAUCCUCUUUUUUAAAUGAAAUUAUGAAUAUGUAUUGGUGUCAUUUCUAUCAACUAUCAAUCAGAGACCGUUAGUUUCUCACCGUAUGUAUUGUAGGCAAAGUGCUUACCAGGUGAAAAAUCGUGUCGACAUCACCUUCAAAUAUAGACAAUUUUCCAAUUGUUUUUUCGUCUUUAUUUGUAUCGUUGAACAUUGAAUGCGUUGAACUGUGCCCUUAAGGUGUGUUCAUCAACGUGAACUACUACGAUUACUCGGAAAAAAAUAUCUUCUUGUUUGACAAGUUUUUCGACUUUUUUCCCCCAUGGAAUUAGUUAGCACCACAUAAGUGCUAGCCGAAGUCCAACAUUGAUUGAUUUUCCACUUGAAGAUCACUUUUACCAUCCAACUCUCCUUCCCACCACUCAUCGAUAGGAAAAACGACCAAAAAGGAAGGAGAAGGUGGAGAAGAUGCUCAUCAUUUUUUAUUUAAUUGCUUAACCGGCUAAUUCGAAGCUCAAUUUGAUAUGAAUGAGUAUAUUUGUGGCAGUGAAAGAAAUGAAUUCUCCCUCUCUCUAUCUCUAUGUCUUUUGUCUCCCUUGUCUCGUUCUCUCCAUUCCAUUCGCCACUCCAUCGGCUCCAAUAUGCAAACGCACACGACAACGACAAAACUUGUAUUGAAUAAAUAAUUAGUAAAAUAUCCGCGUCAUUCGUAUCGUUUGGUGGUGGCCCGACCUGGGCACGGACAUUCUAUUCGGCCGAGUAUUUCAGUUGCUAUUGUAUCGUUAGCCGAUUUGCUACGUUCAUUUUUCUCACGUCCAAACUAGGUUACGGGUUGUGAAUUUUCGCAUUUGGUUUUCUUCGAUUUUCGAGAAAAAAAAGAAUCCUCGGAACAGUCGAACACAAUCAUCCACCCACACACAGACGCACUCACUCCACCGAAUAUAUUAUACAUAGAAAACUAAAAGAAAUCUUUUUAUUUUAUGUUCAUUGAAUUCAAACAAUAAAAAUUGGAUAGAGAUAGACACAGUGUGAGACAGACAGAGAGAGAGGGAGACAAAGAGCACCCGAAUGAUACAAAUGCAAUGCGGAUUUUAUUUUCUAUCGAUCGUAUAAUAUAGAACACAUUGAUUCGACAGUGUGAGAACAAUUUCGUGUGUUUAUGUCAAGGCAAUAAUGUGUCUCUCCUUUUUAUGAUAUUGCCGCUACCAAUCAUAUCAGCAUAAAUUAUUACGUUAACUGUCCGUGUGUACGACCGACGGCCAAUAUAAUUGUGAUCAAUAUUUCCACAAAUCGUUUACCGACUUGUUAUAAAUUUUUUUUUUUAAACCCACCCGGAUUUUCCAUCUCAUCAUUUUCAAUUCAAAAACCGAGAGAGUGAUCCGUGCCAAGUGUGAUAAACCAUAUUUUAGUUAGAACAUUUGCAUUUUCGCAGUUUUUUUCCCAUUUUAUUUAUCGUUGGUUUCAAAAAAUUGUGCUCAACACGAACAACAACAAGCAGAACCAAUUUGCAUUCUGUGCCUUUUUUUUUAGUUUGUAUAUGGAAAAUGUCGAGAUUAAUUGCAAAACAUGUAAAAGUAUUGCAAGAAAUUAAAGCGCAUACACGAGACGUAACUUGUGUUGAAUUCUGGGGAAAUAAUUUACUUGUAUCUGGUUCUAGUGAUAAGACGAUUCGAGUGUGGAAAUGGCAUGUGGGCUGUGGUUUUUUGGAGGAGAGCUAUUCACCGUUGCUUGGUCAUAAAUAUGGAAUAACAAGUGUUAAAGUAUCGCCACAGGGUGGUGUACUAGCAUCAGCUUCGGUUGAUGGCACUAUGAUACUAUGGGAUCUAACAGAUGGCUCAAAAACUAAUAUCCUGUCUCAAGAAAAUGGCGAAGCCAUUCGAUGCUGUGUCUUUAGCACUAAUUUAUCAAACAGUCCGGACGGAGCGAACAUUGUUAGCUCGGAUGAUAGUGGCACCGUUUGUGUUUGGGGACAAAGCAAAUCAAUUACAAGGAUUAUAAAGCGGCAUGAGGAAUCCGUGCAUUGUUUGUCAUUUUCAUCUGAUUCGACAAUCUUAUUAACCGGUUGUAUGAUCGGUAACAUUCGAAUCAGUUACAUGGACAACGACACCGAUGAGCCAGACUGUAUCAUUGAUGCUGCACACGACAUGGGUGUGCUGGCGACGGAUUUUUGCAAACUUUACCAUUAUGAUCCGUCCGAUUAUAAUACAACAAUUUACACGUUCGCUUCAAGCGGAACCGAUCAACUGAUCAAACUUUGGCGUCUUUACUGCCUGCGAGACUUGAAAGAGCCCAAAGGAUCAUCGCGACUACUUCCCGAUGGUGUGAUGGAGCACCUUUGUGGCAAUUCAACGGUUGUGGGAACAUCGACCAUGAACGCUGAAUGCAUCAUAGCAAUUCAAGCUCAUGGAAGCUCAGUGACGUGCGUCAAGUUCAAUGUCAUGGGUACAUUAUUGUUGUCCUGUAGCAUGGAUAAAACCAUCAAGGUGUGGGAUUUACAGGGCAACUGUAUCAAAACAAUGACAGAACACACGAGAUAUGUCAAUUGUAUGGCUGUGAAUAGUGAUUCAACGGUGUUUUGUAGCGGCUCCAAUGAUCGAACGAUUUUAAUUUGGGACCUAACCAAUACGCUCACAUUGGACAGCCAUUUGACUGGCGUUCGUAGUAUUUUGUUCAAUUUGGCCUCGAGCCGCACCGAAGUGCCCUUAGACUUUAUUUGCCCGAUUACGCAUGAAAUUAUGAAAGAUCCCAUUCUGGCUGAAGAUGGAUUUUCUUACGAACGCGAAGCCUUAGAGGGAUGGUUUGAGCGGGGCAAAUUUUCGUCGCCAAUGACAAAUUUGGAAAUAUCGCCGGAUAUUAUGGAAAAUUCGAUUUUGCGUGAGCGCAUUGGAGGCUUUUUGCGCGACAUGGACUUUGAUGCCUUUACAUUUGAACAAAAUGAGGAAAUUUAGUGGAAAUUUUAAUUUAAUACAUUCACUAUUUGUAUGCACAAAACCAAAGAUAUAAAGGAAAACUGAUGACAUAACGCUGUCUCACAUGAUUUGUUCGACAUUGGAACUGAGCUUAAAUCGAUUAAUUUUCUUUUUAUUUUCUAACUCUUGCAAAGAAUCAACCGAAUUCAUUGAAACAAACCGAAAAAUAAGUUAAAACAAACAAACAAAAAAUGGUAUCUUUACAAUAAAUGUGUGGCACUUUCAAUUAUGAAAAUGCUAGAAACAAUUGCCCAAUUUUCAAUUCGAAAAAAAAAACAAAUAAAACUUGUCUAUAAAUUCCGAUAAAAAUGUGCAAAAAUGCAGUGGAAAAAGUCAUGGUUUUAACAAGAGAGAGAGAGAGAGAGAGAGAGAGAGUGAAAUUAAGAAAAAACUGAUGAUCAAAGAGACAAAACAUCUUUAACCGAAAAUAAAAUAUAUCUUACCUUGGUUAUAAUUAGCUGUCAUUUUUAUGUUACGUAAUUGCUUGCACAUUCAGUGCGAGUGCUGUAUUUAAAUACAAAAUAAAUCUAAAAGCACUUUGUACC